ACAGGGGACGGAGCGCCGGUAGAUGGCAGUCGUGUCCCUUCUGCACUAAACAGGAAGAAUCAGCGCAUCAGACACUCAUACUCAGUACACAGGCUAUACACAAUCACACACGCACAUGUGUGCGUCAAACAGGCGCUACAUACCUCGUCAUAUAAUCUAUAGCUUUUAGGGUUAUUGCACUCGACCAAUCAUUGGUAAGAAUUAAAAAGAUUAUUGGACCAUUGACUUUUACGCAUCCGAGAAGACGCCAAGUGAGGACAGUGAGAAGAGUGAGACUUUGGGCUGAGGGCAACAUCAAUACGUUUUAUAAGAUUUUUGGUGUCACCAGAGGAGCGCACUGAGCCGAUACCCACGGAGAGCCGCGCGUCAUUGGUUACCACGCUAGAUACUUCACACUAGAACUUCAUUCACGACAAGAUCUCGACGUAUUCGACGGGUCUCAUCUCUUUAGAUGUUCCUGCUCGCGGAGUGACUCACUUGUGGCUGUUCUCUGUUCGGCUGUCGCGCGCUGCGCAAUUCCACGGCUUGGCGCGGAGCGCAGCAUCAUUCUCGUGGAUUUUCGUCGCGUCACUGGAUUGCUUUUUGCCUGAGUUGAGUUGAACUGUAUUGAAUAUCUGCUGGGAUGUAGCUUUUGAAGAAUAUCUCUUUUAUAACACGCUUAUACACAUUUGAAAAGGAACUACGACUGUGGUUAGUAUAUUUAUCGGUCAUUUAAGUAAAAAAGGGGAAAAAAAAGAAGAAGAAAAAUAAAAAAGAUUUGUCUCACAUUUGGCGCAUUUCCAUCCACAUUCCUGAAAACAGAAAAAAAAGAACCCUGGAGGAUUUUGUCCUUUUUUCCCCUUUCCAAAUGAUUCUGGUGGUCUUGGAUAGGAUGUGAUAUACGAAUAUUUGCCUUUGCCAACGCACGAGGCUCACCUCUCAAGGCAUUCCGUGGGACAUAAUCACAUUUCAAGGAAAUAAGCAUCUUGAAAUCCGCACUGGGCUGUGAGUAGAAAUCUAAUCAGAUCGGGUGCGUAAAGGAGGAAGAAAAGUUCCGUUUUAAACCAUGCCUGAGGAAUAAGGACAUCACCGGUCUGCGUUUAUGGUCUGCUGAAGAUUGGGAUGUAGAAGAAGAUGCAGGGAAAGAUCCAUCUCAGGGAUAAAACCCAUCUAGAUGCGUAUUGGCUGAAUGUGAAACCCCAAUUAUCUGUUGUUAAACGCCAAUAAUAAAUGGCAAAACCAGGAAGACGUCGAAUUAAUUGAUUUAUCAGCAGGAAAAGGACUUGGUACACCGGGUUUUGAUGAUGCGGGGCAAGAAAGCAUCGAGAUAUCUGCUCUAGGGGCACUCGUCCAUAUGAUGGCACUGACAGGAAGACCGAAUGGAUAUACUGGAGCAAAUUUCUUCUCAUAGAAGCUUGUGAAUGCAAUACUGCUCUUGGAUAGCUUGGAUAGCCCAAAGUAAACGCUGAAGAACAUUUUAUUGGCAUCGCGCUUAACUGCUUGAGAAUUGCAGAUGGAUUUUCGUGCUUUGGAAGCGAACGGAACGGUGAUUUUGCCUCCAAUUUGAACCUCACAGAUUGAGAAAGGCGAAGCCAGCUAGCGAGACCGAGCAUGAAGAUGUCCAGAAGCUGCUGGCACUGUGGAAGACUUGGCAGUUUGGCCAAAUAAAACCCUUCUCAAAGAGUGGAGAACCUCUCAGCGAAUUAUGAAUGAUAAACAAGAUGACCUCCUCCCUGAUGCAGCAGACGAUGAGAGGUCCUAGGUGGAAUCGGUCCCUGUCCGACCCAUUGUUUGUGCUGUCACUGGCCCUGCAGCUUCUGGUGGUGGCUGGCCUGGUGCGAGCCCAGACAUGCCCCUCGGUCUGCUCUUGUAGCAACCAGUUCAGCAAGGUAAUUUGUACGCGACGUGGCCUUCGAGAUGUACCCGAUGGUAUUUCCACCAACACAAGGUACCUGAACCUUCAGGAGAACCUCAUCCAGGUGAUCAAGGUUGACAGCUUCAAACAUCUAAGGCACUUGGAGAUCCUGCAGCUCAGCAAGAACCACAUCCGCAACAUUGAAAUCGGCGCUUUCAAUGGGCUGGCCAACCUCAACACUCUAGAACUCUUCGAAAAUCGUCUAACCACAAUCCCCAAUGGGGCUUUCGAGUACCUGUCCAAACUUAAAGAGCUUUGGUUGAGGAAUAACCCUAUUGAGAGUAUACCCUCUUAUGCCUUCAACCGCGUACCAUCUCUGCGAAGGCUGGACUUGGGUGAGCUGAAAAGGCUCUCGUAUAUCUCAGAAGGUGCCUUUGAAGGCCUCAGCAACCUGCGGUACCUGAACCUGGGCAUGUGCAACUUGAAGGAGAUCCCCAACCUCAUUCCACUUGUUCGUUUGGAUGAGUUGGAGAUGUCAGGAAACCAGCUGUCUAUAGUUAGGCCAGGGUCUUUCAAAGGCCUCGUCCACUUACAAAAACUGUGGAUGAUGCAUGCGCAGAUCCAGACUAUUGAAAGAAAUGCCUUCGAUGAUCUUCAGUCCCUUGUGGAGCUCAAUUUGGCCCACAAUAACCUUACCCUUCUGCCCCAUGACCUCUUCACCCCACUACACCACUUGGAGAGGGUGCACUUGCAUCACAACCCCUGGAACUGCAACUGUGACAUCCUCUGGCUCAGUUGGUGGCUAAAGGAAAUGGUACCGGCCAAUACCAGUUGCUGUGCCCGCUGUGCAUCACCUACCAGCCACAAAGGGCGCUACAUUGGCGAACUCGACCAGAACUAUUUCCAUUGUUAUGCACCGGUGAUCGUGGAGCCACCAGCAGACCUGAACGUGACUGAGGGCAUGGCAGCAGAACUCAAAUGUAGAGCAAAUUCGUUGACCUCAGUCAGCUGGAUCACACCCAAUGGGUCCAUCAUGACGCACGGGGCGUACAAGGUACGCAUAUCCGUGCUCAAUGAUGGGACUUUAAACUUUACCAACGUCACAAUGCAGGACAUGGGAACCUACACUUGUAUGGUGAGCAACUCUGCAGGCAACACGACAGCCUCGGCUACACUCAACGUGUCCUCAACAGAGAACAGCAGCUUCAGUUACUUCACUACAGUUACUGUGGAGACUACAGAAGCGGCACAUGAUGAGGGCUACCCUACGGUACAACCGAAGGGUGGCCCUACUCCUUCUUCUGGAAUAUGGGACACUUUACCACCUUCCUUCACCACCACCACCACCACAACAGCACGGACACCACUGUCCACCAAGGCUACCGACAAGACCUACACAAUCCCUGUCACAGCCCUGAUUGACGGCUCACUCAACACCUUGGAUGAGGUCAUGAAGACUACAAAGAUCAUCAUAGGUUGCUUUGUGGCAAUCACCCUGAUGGCCGCUGUCAUGCUGAUCAUAUUUUAUAAAAUGCGCAAACAGCAUCACCAGCAGAACCACCAUGCACCGGCACGAACCAUCGAGAUUAUCAACGUGGAUGAGGAUUGUGUAACGGGUGGACCUACAAUGGAGGGCCACCUCACCCUUGCCCCACUGGAGCAUGAGCACCUGAAUCAUUACAACGCCUACAAGACUGCGUACAGCCAUGCCUCCACCAUCAAUUCUAUACACAGCUCUGCCCACGAACCUUUAUUAAUUCGGGCUAGCUCAAAAGACAAUGUACAAGAAACCCAGAUCUGAACUGCUUUUCAUAAUGGGGAUUAAACAAAGAAAAAGAAAAAAAAAGACUUCUAAAACUCUUAAGGAACAGUAAGUGACAUAUCGAUUUUGAAGAUUGUCAAAAACAAAGACACAGUAGCCCCAUGCAAGACGUAUGAGUAGGAUGUGGACAGGUAGAAAAGGACAUUGGGAGUUGAGUGUACGGCAACAGUUUCAAAAGUGUCUUUACAUAACAGAAGUUAUUUAUUUAAGGAAAAUAACUAUUGUGGUUUAAUCAAGAAAAGAUGUAAUCUGCAAUUAUUUUUUUUCCAGCUAUUAUUUCUUAUUAUUUGUAAUGUUAUUUUAAGGGUUGUUGGUUUACUAAUAUGCUUUUAAACUCUGUUUAAAUCUGUUUCUCUGUAUGUGAGGACCCAAGUCAUUUUCAGAUGAAACUUUCAAUCUUUCUGAAAUCUCAAGAUUCCCAUUUAACGGUGAUACUUUUAAAAUCUUAGGUUACAGAUUGUCAUAUUAGAAAACUUCCACGCAAUAAUUGUUUAAAUUGACCAUGUUCAUUCAAAAAUAAUUAAUUUCUUGACUCUCCUCAAUUACUGGUAUUAGGCAAUAUAACAUUAUUUAGUUAUCCUUGCUGAAAAUGAGGAUUUUAAAUCAUAUCAGGCCAGUUUGCUGGUCAUAGUCGGCCUCCAAGCCUGGUCAGGUCCAUCUGUUUGCUGAUUUUAGGGUGGUUUUGAGUACUUUAACUGAACAGGCUGGAACAGAAUUGUUUGUUUUUUUUAACAGGGAUUACAAAUUAGAUGCAGAUGUAUACCUGGCUUCCCCACCCUAAAAUUUAGAACAAGGAGCCCUGGAAACAUGUCCCCAUUUAAAACCGGACCAAAUGUCAAGAACACUUGACUAUUUGAUGCAUGCAGGGCAAUUUCAAAUAAUUUAUUUGCUUGGACCAGAAGAUUUAUGGAUAAAGUUAGCAUUUUGGGAUGGCCCACAUGCUCUUAAAUAGAUGUUGAGGCAUCGCAAAACUUCUUAAAACAGUUUUUUUCUUCUUUCUUUUUCUGCAUUUUCAUUCUCACAUAACAUAACAUUGUGUGUUCCUGUGGCAUUUCAUCCUUGAUACCGUACUAAAGUUUCCCAAUACUCAUGAUGCAGAUGCAGAUGCAGCACACAUAAUGCAGCUGCAGCACACUCAUUCUAUGCCAUCCUAUUCUAUAAGGGCAGGGGGAUGAAGAUUGUAGUCAUUUAUUUGAAAGCUGACAGAGUGGAAAUGUGUCAAAAGCAUAGAGCUGGUACUGACGUAGCACCAUUUCCAUUUCAAUCCAUUUGUCUUGGUGCUCACCAUGGAUACAGUUGACUGAAUUCAUUCUGGAAUGGUCUAAAAGCUGGGCAUUGAACCCUAAAUAAGUGGGCAAAGUUGGUGCAGCUCAGAUCUAAAGCUUCCAAAGAUGCCACAGGUGUGUCUUUAUAGAUUGUGAACCGAUUGUGUUUUUCCCCUCUCACUAUUUCUCUUUUUUUUUGCUGGAUUUCUUUCAUGUUCUAUCUUCCAUCAUUCUGCACUGUCAAUCUCUUUAGGCAGUUAUGCAAUUCUUAUAAAACUUUUAAAUCAUAUUCAGUCACUUUAGUUUAUUUUCGUUACAGACAGAGGAAGAUACAUCCAUCUUCGGCUUUACACACGCAGUAGCCUUCGGCUGCAGGGGGAAUGACUUGAUAUUAUGAAUUAAUUUAUGAAAUCAGAAUGGACGGAGACGGUCACUAUAGCAACUAAUGACCUUGGACAGGGUGGGGGGUGCGGGCAGGGGGUAGACGACAGACAUUGGCUUGACACUUUAAAUAUAUGAGUAGAGUGAGUCUGGGUGAAAGAGCCAAAGUAGACUCAUUUAAAGUGCAUCAUUUUAAAUGUUAAGCAGUCUAGGGGUCUAUAGGUAAUAUGAAAUAAUCCAAUAAACCUGUGACAUUUUAUUCAGAUUCAUUGCAUUUUGUUUUGGCUGUUCAUAAUUCAUGCAAAUCACACAGGGGACUGUCAAGGAGAUUUUUCUCUUGCAUUUCUGGUCUUAAUAGAGAUGCCGACGGAUACCAUGUGGCAUUUGGUGAACUUUUCCAUAUCAUAUUUUGAUCACACAGCAGAUGCACUCUAAUUUUUUAAAGAUCUGAUGCAAUUAUGCUUGUCAGCUUUGCUAUUUCAGAUCAUUACAAAAAAGUUUUUGAGGGUACCUCCUGCCCACUAGAAGCAAAGGCCAUCUGGUACAUUUUCUAAUCAAGAAAUAAAAGUGUGCAAAAAAGACUGUUCUUCAUCUGAAUAUGCUGCUUUUUCAAAUUUUAAUUAAUUUCCUUGUCUUUCUGAAUUUAGUUUGCAUUAUCACUGAAGUUGAUAUCAACCUCAACAUAUAGCGAAAAAUGGAGUUUAGCACAAAAGUAAACCAAGUCAUUGUUUUUUUUUUUUUUUGCAUUCUAUUUUUUUUAAGAAAUGUAUUCAUUCUCUUACUCUCAUUAUUUUUGGAAAAGGUCCAUGUCGUUUUUUAUAAUAUUAUCAAUUUUUAUUAUAGUUUUUGUUAUUUUUCAACUUACUGUGAUUUUAUUUAUUUUUUCUGUAUGUUUGUUCAGUCCCAUCAUGCAUCUGUGUUUUGGGUUUCAGUUUAGGAGUGAAUGAGAUGCUUUUCUCUCCGUUUCACGUAACUACUUUCUGUUCGUCUCUGAGAGGGAAUGCUGUUCUAGUGGUAGAUUUCUACAAAAAUAAAUUUUGAAAAUAAAACUUAAAAAAAAAAAAAAAAAAAACUUUUUAAAUUUUAAUUUUACAUGUGCCAACCUGUUCUAAUGAAGAAAAAAAAAGACAAGAUCGAGAGAGAGAGAGAGCGAAAUAUGCUGUAAAAGAAAACUGGGUUGAUUUUCAUGUAAACAUUAUUUCAUGACCUUUAAAAAAGAUGGAGAUCGAUUAUAGAUAUCAGAGUUUGUAGUUCAUACACGAAAUAAGGUUACAAAUAAACAUUGUCUUUUCUU